CACCUCCAUAGAUACUCAUUAAUCACCAUACCCAGAGAACAUUGCACUUGAGCGCCAGGUUACUUGACCAUGUAAAUGCUUCAACUCACAUACCCAUGCUUUCCCAUCUCAAAAACAUAUUCACCCUCUCCACUAGUCCCCCUUCCGUUCUCCUUGUCAGAGCCAUGAUCCACGUUCUUCAUCUCCUACCCGAGGACGGCACCAUUCAACGCUUCGGUCUCUCAACCCGAUCUACCCCCUUCCGCUACCGCGGGGCCAGAGAGCAGACGCGCGAACAGAUCGGCACAGUCACACUUUACGUUGGAGAGGGUGAGACUCCAAAGAGCUUCCUCGACGACGUUGAGACACGAUUCCUGCAAGACGUCCUCAAGCCCGCGGCACUCGAUGCGAUUCAUGAGAGAAAGGACCGGGAGCGCUCUAUGCGCGCGACGCAGACGUAUCCUGUUUAUGUUGUUUACAUUCUACGCCCGAGGUCAGGGAGGAGCAUGACUGAGUUGACGAGCUUUCCUUAG